AUGAAGAUCGUGGGCUUGUUGUCCGGCGGCAAAGAUAGCUGUUUCAAUCUGUGCCAUUGCGUCUUGAAUGGGCACGAAAUUGUUGCUCUGGCCACAUUAGCACCUCCUCAAGGAAAAGAUGAAAUUGACUCCUACAUGUAUCAAACAGUGGGCCACGAUGCUGUCCACGCGAUUGCAACUGCAUUGGACGUGCCUUUGUACCGCGCCGAAAUCCGCGGCACGGCCUUGAAUCAGGGUGCUGUGUAUGGAGAACGAGACCCAACGAAAGAAUGCGUUAGCUCAUUGGAGGACGAAACAGAGGACUUAUACCGACUACUGUUGCGCGUCAAGGAAAAGCACCCAGAUAUUGAAGGGGUUAGUGUGGGUGCGAUUCUCUCCAAUUACCAGCGCGUCCGUGUCGAGCAUGUCUGUUGCAGACCUGAUCUUCGCCUCGCAUCUCUCGCUUAUCUCUGGAAGCGUGACCAGAGCGAACUCUUGCAUGAAAUGAAUCAAGCAGGUAUGGAGGUGCUCAUGAUCAAGGCAGCUGGCAUCGGUUUGACACAACACGAUCUGGGUCGUCCGCUGACUGUCCUCACACCGAAGCUUGAAGAGCUUCAUCGUUUGUACGGUGCUCAUGUCUGCGGUGAAGGCGGUGAAUAUGAGACACUGUGUGUAGACUCACCCCUGUUCAAGCGAAAGAUUUCUGUGGACGAAAAAGAAACGGUCAUUCACAGUGAUGCUGCAUUUGCUAGCGUAAGUUAUCUUCGCAUCCUUCGUACAAGUUUUUCGGAUAAGGAGAACUAUGGACCUGCCGUCGUCUCGGAGCGCUUGAAAACGCCUCCUUUGUUAGAUGAUACAGGAGAGGUAUUCCUGGAAACGCUACGCACGCAUCCAUGCCAACGGAAGCAAGCCUUUCCAUUAGAAACCUAUACUACAUGGAAACCUACCAUGUCAGUGUCCCAAAAAGGCCCAUGGAUCACCGCAACGGAAAUAUCAGCAGAAGAUCUGUGCCAAGCUGACUUUGAAGAAGAAGCACGUUGUGCCUUCCGCCGCCUUCACAACGCACUGCAAGAAUAUGGCUUCAACCGAACUGACAUUACGCAUGUGAACGUGUAUCUGGCUUCCCAAGCAUACUUUGCGCCCUUGAACCAAGUGUACCAACAUGAAUUUGGAGCUGCCCCCCCAUCUCGCGUCUGCGUGGCCUUGCCAAAUGCCUCGUCCUCCGUUCGCAUAAAGUUGGAUGCAGUGGCAUGUCGCUCAUCUUCCACACAAGAGCGUCGCUCCAUGCAUGUACAGAGCUGCAGCUAUUGGGCUCCGGCUUGCAUCGGUCCAUACUCACAGGCCGUAUGCGACCAUGGUCGCAUGUUCAUGGCUGGGCAAAUCGGUAUGGUGCCUUCGACGCUGGAAGUGCCCCAAGAUGUUUCUACUCAACUCGCUCUCUCCCUUCAAAAUCAACAUCGAGUCUCGGCUAUUCGGUCCGAAUGGAGUCGCUAUGGCUGGUCGGAAGGCGGUCUAUGCUGGCUCUCUCCGCCCAAUAAUAUGGACUUGGCCUCUUGCAUGAACGCUCUGUGGCAGUAUCCAAGUCCGAUGCUGUUUGUACAUCUCCCGCCUGAGAGUUUACCCAAAAAAGCCCUUUGCGAAUGGCAACUGACAGAGCGAACGUGUGACGACGAAACAGAGCCAUGCACCAAAACAGCAUCGUUUGUGUCGCAUGGUGUGUCGUGCACAUUCCGUGUAUGCGCCUCUGAGUCGCUUUCGUCUGGUGCAGCUAUUAUCACUCCUACGCGGCGUGACCAUGAAAAUUCAGAGCUCGCCUCCGAUCUCGCUCAUCUUCUCUGUGGUGCCAUUCACCUCAAACUCAUACAUGACGCACAGCAUCAACCUGAUGCUGCCCUCGCUCUUCUGCAAAAAGUGACCACCCAACGAUUGCCCCCCAUCACACUCAUACCUGCUCUUCACUGGCAUAUGCCUGGGAUUCAGAGUUCUCACGACCCCUCUUCAUCAUGUGCAUUAGUUUGGUUGUAA